CUUGUGGUACGGCAGUAGGCGUUGUAGCAGCGCAGAAGCCGUGUCUAAAAGACAUCGACCAAUAUGCCGGAUGUUUCACAGGGACGGGUGCACCGUUUUCGCGACCACGAAGUCGAAGGCGCCAACUGGCGACCGACGCGGUUUGUGGACGAGGUGCGGAUUCGCGUGUUUGCAGCCUCUGCCGCCUGAUUCCGAAGCGCAUCCUGCUGCUGCCGUGCUCGCACACUCUAUGCGAAGCGUGUCACGCCGCCAACUCGCAAGGUGUCCGUGGGCGGUGUCCUUUGGAUCACGAGACGUUCGAGGAAGCGGAAUGCUUCGGCCAUCACUUCCCGACCAGGAAAGUGAAUGCACUGAAGGUACACUGCUGGAAUGAAGCACACGGCUGCGAUUUUGAGGGCGCCGUGAAAGAUAUGCUGCGUCACUACGAGAAGGAAUGCACGUUCCACGCAGUGGAAUGCACGCGAUGCGGUGAGGAAAUCCUACACGGGAACUUGUCGACGCAUUACGUGACCGAAUGUGUUACUGGUGCUCCACCGGCAAGCGCAGUGAACACUUCCUCGCAAUCUAGGGAAACGAUUCUUCAAGGCGUUGGCGCUGCCCUCCAAGAGUUCAAGACGCUGUUGACGAAGGCCAACUACGAGGAGACGCUGCCUGCCAUUCAGAGUUGCCUCAACGAGCUCCUAGAAAAAGUCAGGAACCAGGAAUCCAGGAUGGCCGAGGUUUAUCGAGAGGUCGGAGGAAAUGCAGAGACCGCUCAGAACGCGGCCCGGACUACCUCGACCUCGAAGCAGGAGCCUGCUUCUCGGAGGACUCCGAAGACUUCGAUAGGCACCGAAGCAAGCACGUCGUCCUCGUCACUGUCGUGCCCGCAGAACAGGUCGGCUCCCCUAAAGCCGGUUUCGUUUCCCAACCUGCCCCGAGAUGUUAUGAGGAACAUGCGGAAAACAUCCACGCAGGAUUAUCCGCAACAUUACGUUGUUAACCCUAACCCUCGGAAAUAUCGAUGUGAUCUAGAGUUAAUCACGGCACCUUCGACUACACGUUCAUGGAGCGAAGUGCGUAGGAGCGUGAAAACACUAGAUGACAGGUUGAAGAAGUCUUCCGGCUUUCGAUUUAUCAACAUUUCCUGUGAGCAGGAUGGUGACGACGACGACGACGUGCCGGCUACAUCGGCUCGAUUUCGCCGAGAAAUCGGUCCCUGCAAAACGACCGAGGAAGCCGUGGCCCCGUGUUGA